AUGAACCGGGAACACACAUGCGCACUUGCCAUGGAAUGGUCAGAUAUAUAAAGAUUGGCGCCGGCGCGCCAGCUGAUCAUUAUUCGUUCAUUCAUUUCUGAGGUGGAACUCUGAAGCCUUCAAUUGACAGAAUGGCUAACGUUAGACGCAGUGGUCGCAUCACAUUACAAGCAAGAGAUGAGAACGCACCGGAACAGAAUGUCAAGAUCACACGAAAAAGAAAAUCUGAGACAUCAAAAAAGAUGCCUCCCGCUGUGAAGAAACAAAGCUAUGAAAUACAGAAACGGUGGUCAGAAGAAGGGGCAAGUCCAUGUGUCCUUGUAGAAACGCCACACAAGGAGCUUGUGAUGACUAGAGACUUGUCUGGCUUCAAGCAGUUCCGAUUCAAGAACAUCUUCAUCAAGACCUCACCGCUGCCCUGCCUCAGCUGGGCCAGCUCGGAUGACGUGUGGAUUAAGAUGCUGAACAAGGAGCUGAAGUAUGUACAUGACAAGGGCUUCCUACAGCAGCACCCCAAACUAAAGUCCAAGAUGAGGGCCAUUCUCCUGGACUGGCUUCUAGAGGUGAGUGAGGUGUACACUCUGCAUCGACAGACUGCUUAUCUGGCUCAGGACUUCUUUGACCGCUUCAUGCUGACACAGGAUGAUAUGGCGAAGGACCGACUGCAGCUCAUAGGAAUCACAGCCCUCUUCAUCGCAUCGAAGAUAGAGGAAAUCUACCCUCCAAAGCUCCAUGAGUUUGCCUACGUGACUGACGGAGCCUGUGAGGAGGAAGCGAUCCUGGAGAUGGAACUUGUCAUGUUGAAGGCGCUGAACUGGAACCUGUGUCCAGAGACUGUGAUCACAUGGCUGAAGCUCUAUGCUCAGGUGGAGUCUCUAAAGGAUGGUGUCAACUUCCUGGUACCUCAGUUCUCUCAGGACACCUACAUCCAGAUCACACAGCUUUUAGACCUGGCCAUCCUGGACAUCAACUCUCUGGACUACCAGUAUGGGAUACUGGCUGCUGCUGCCUUCUGCCAUUUUUUCUCAUUUGACGUUGUCCACCAAGUAUCAGGUCUGACGUGGGAUAGUAUUGCGCCCUGUGUCCGGUGGAUGACCCCCUUCAUGCGCACGGUCAGCGCCUGUCCCAGAGCAGAGCUCAAGGACUUUAAGAAAGUGAUGUCUGAUGAAAGACACAACAUCCAGACCCACGUAGACUACCUGUCCAUGCUGAGCGACGCUCACCAGAGGCAACCGGACAGCCAAGAUAGACUAUCGCCUGCUGCCAUAGGAGGGAUAUUGACUCCACCAAAAAGCACAGAGAAACCAGCCAAUCACUGAGCCCCAGGGUCUCCUUGUGUUGAUCUUCUGACCAACCAGAUGAAGGGAAAAUUCCCUAGAUGUCAUGCCUGACCAGCCAGAGGCUGGGAAACUUAACUUCGGAACCUCAUCCUUAUUUGACCAAUCAAAUUAGCUUUUGGGCAUAACUCACCUUUUUUGUAGCAUGUUAAAAUGAGUUAUUUUACUUUUUAUACCAAGCUGUAGAUCAGUAUAUAUAUGCAGUACAACCAUGGAAAUUAGCUCAUGGAUACU